CGUUGCUUUUCGUUUUUCUUCUCUGAGCGAAAUAAUCCCAUUUUUUCUCUCUCUCUCUCUCUUUCUCCCCCUGAUCCAUUCCGACUUUUCUUUUUUCGCUUUUCUCCUUUUUCUCCCGGGUCCUGGAACAUCGAUUUACCCGGCGGGGGCAACCCCAGAAGCGACGUCCAGCAUGGACGCUGACCGGCGGGACGCCGCUCUGUUAUACGUGGUACAAUCCGGCACGCUGAUGAUGGAGUACUUGCGAGCCCGCGGGGAAGCCUCUUCGGCCGCAGCCUCUCGGCGGCAGUGGGCCUUCCUGCACUCCCUAGGGCGGCGAGGAGGAGAGGAGAACGGAGAGGAUGACCUGGGGGAGGAGAAGGAAGAGGAGGAGGAGGAGGAGGAGGACGGAGAGGAAGAAGAGGAUGCCGAAGAGGAUGAGGUCUUCCUGGCCAGACAGACCUGCAGUGCAGGUUUUAGACGCGGUGGACGCCUGCGUUCGGUGGAAAGACGCUUCUGGGCUCGGCCGCGCAGCACCGAGUGGUGGGACCGGACGGUCCUGGAGACCUGGGACGAUAGCGAAUGGUUGCAGAACUUCAGGAUGUGCAAGGCGACCUUCUUGGACCUUUGCGCCCGGCUGUCUCCGGCUUUGCAGCGCCAAAAGACCCGGAUGCGGAUCCCGCUGAGUGUGGAGAAGCGGGUGGCCAUCGCCAUCUGGAAGCUGGCCACCUCUGUCUGCUACCGCGACGUAGGCAACCAAUUCGGCGUUGGCAGAUCCACCGCCGGCUCGGUGGUGCUGGAAGUCUGCCGGGCCAUUCAGAGGGUGUUGAUGCGCUCCACGGUGAACGUAGGGAACAACCUGGUGGCCAUCGUCCGGGGCUUCGAGGCGAGGGGUUUCCCCAACUGCGCCGGCGUGGUGGGCACCAGCCACAUGCCCAUCUUGUGUCCUCCUCACCAAGCGUCGGAGUACGUCAACACCAAGGGCUACUACUCGAUGGCCUUGCAAGCUUUGGUGGACCAUCGAGGGAAGUUCACCCAUCUGAGCGCCGGGUGGCCCGGGAAGACCCACGAAGCCAAGAUCUUCAACAAGUCCACCUUGUUCACCAAAGGGCAGGAAGGGACGCUCUUCACUCCCGGUUCCGUGGAGAUCAACGGCGUAUCGGUCCCUCGGGUCAUCAUAGGAGGACUGGCCUACCCUCUCCUUCCGUGGUUGAUGGUGCCCUACACGGAAGGUCUGGAUGAGACCAAGGAGGUCUUCAACGCCACGUUGAGCCGGUGCCAGGAACCCCUGGAAGAAGCCUUCAGCCGCCUGAAGGGCCGGUGGCGCUGCCUGACGGGACGCAACGAUUGCGCGGUGGAGAACCUUCCCCGCCUCAUCUCGGCCUGUUGCGUCCUGCACAACAUCUGUGAGGAGAAAGGGGAGGCCUACGAGGAGAAGUGGGAAGCGGAGGCCAGGCAGCUGGCCGCCACCUUCGAACAGCCCCUGCAGCGGCCCGAUACGCGCAUUAAGCCCGCUGCACGGUCGGAGAACGUCCGGGACGCUCUUUGCAUGUACAUCGCCGGGAAGAUAUGAGGAGCGGAAGGAAGUCGGCGGUGUGUCCGGCGAGAAUUUCGGGGGAGACCCGGCCCGAAUUGAGACUUUGCGCCCAGGUUGCACCCCAAAACAGUACAGGGGUCAGGUUGCACCCCAAAACAGUACCCAGAGUUCUGGGUAGCGGAUUAUAUUCUUGAACUUGAUUUUGGUGUGAAGAGUUGAGAAAUGUAGGGUAGAGAAUCCAUAGAUUAGUCGGCGUUUCACAAUCUUGGCCGCUUUUCAGAUGGGUGGACUUCAAAUCCCAGAAUUCCCCAGCCAUUCUUAGAAUAGUAGGCCACGUGUCUUAAAGUAGCUGAGGUUGCUGACCUCCAUGUUGGGUGGGGAAUUCUGGGAGUUGAAGUCCACCCAUCUUAAAGUUACUAGGGUUGCUAACAGCCAUAUUGUCUGGGGAAUUCUGGGAGUUGAAGUCCGAGCAUCUUAAAGUGGCUGAGAUUGCUGACCUCCAUAUUGUCUGGGGAAUUCUGGGAAUUGAAGUCCGCCCAUCUUAAAAGUGGCUGAGUUUUCUGACCUCCAUGUUGGCUUGGGAAUUCUGGGAGUUGAAGUCCCCUCUCAACUUAAGGUUACCAAGGUUGCUGACCUCCAUGUUGGCUGGGGAUUUCUGGGAGUUGAAGUCCACCCAUCUUAAAGUUACUAGGGUUGCUAACAGCCAUAUUGUCUGGGGAAUUCUGGGAGUUGAAGUCCGAGCAUCUUAAAGUGGCUGAGAUUGCUGACCUCCAUAUUGUCUGGGGAAUUCUGGGAAUUGAAGUCCGCCCAUCGUAAAAGUGGCUGAGUUUUCUGACCUCCAUGUUGGCUUGGGAAUUCUGGGAAUUGAAGUCCGCCCAUCUUAAAAGUGGCUGAGUUUUCUGACCUCCAUGUUGGCUUGGGAAUUCUGGGAGUUGAAGUCCCCUCUCAACUUAAGGUUACCAAGGUUGCUGACCUCCAUGUUGGCUGGGGAUUUCUGGGAGUUGAAGUCCCCCCAUCUUAAAGUUACUAAGGUUGCUAACAGCCAUAUUGUCUGGGGAAUUCUGGGAUUUGAAGUCCCCCCAUCUUAAAGUUACUAACAGCCAUAUUGUCUGGGGAAUUCUGGGAGUUGAAGUCCACCCAUCUUAAAAGUGGCUGAGAUUGCUGACCUCCAGGUUGGCUGGGGAAUUCUGGGAGUUGAAGUCCCCCCCACUCAUCUUAAGGUUACCAAGGUUGCUGACCUCCAUGUUGGCUGGGGAAUUCUGGGAGUUGAAGUCCCACCCCCACUCAUCUUCAGGUUACCAAGGUUGCUGACCUCCAUGUUGGCUGGGGAAUUCUGGGAGUUGAAGUCCACCCGUCUUAAAACUGCUGAGGUUGAGAGUCACUGCCUUACACGGACUUGAACCCUUCGCGUAAGUAGGGGGGGUGAGUCAAUCAAUUACCAUUGACACUUUGUUUUGCAAAGCGGAUUAAAUACCCCAGUACCGUUUAUCUGCCUCCGCAGAGUGCCUGGGGAAAUGAAACACACCCGCUAUUUAAUUCUUUAAUUCGUAUUAGAGGAUGAUUGAGGAUAUGCAUGGGCCUCCUGCCAAAAAUUGCAAUCGGUGCACCUGGUGAUGCGGAUCCUGGCUCAAACCCAGGCUUGCACCCACGUAAACCUGGUUAACAGUCUUCUCUAGCUAGCCUGGUAGCUAAGAGAACACACACGCACCCGCCCCGAGAGUCAGCGAGAUGAACGGCAAAUAAAUUUAAUAAAUAAUAAUAAAAUAAUAAUAAUAGAAGGGAGUACACCAGAUUGGGGUAUGUUCCUAUAGGAUCUUUUUAAAACCAGCAAUAUGCCUUGUUUUG